GUGUCACAUACGAAACAUUAAGAACCAAAGUGUACACUUUCCUCUUAAACCCAAAAUCCUCCAUUGAUGUAAACAUUUCAAGAUUCUUUGAGAGAGAAAUCGAAGAACAGUGGCAUAAGGAAGUUGAAGAAUCCAAAGUUAAAGCAAAAAGAUGAAGAAUUUACCGGUGUUUUUGAUGGGUUGUGGAGGAGUUGGCCGUCAAUUGCUUCAACAUAUUGUUUCUUGUCGAUCUCUUCAUGCCAAGCAGGGGGUGCAUUUGCGAGUUGUGGGUGUGUGUGAUAGCAAAUAUCUGGUGGUUGUAGCUGAUGUUCUCACUGCAGAAUUGGAUGAUUCAUUUCUUCUUGAAGUUUGUCGUGUCAAAUCCAAUGGCUCUUCAUUGCAGACUCUUGUAAAUUCUGGUGUAUGCCAAGUGUUUUCUGGUCCAGAAGUUAUACAAAAAGUAGUUGAUAUUGGACGUCUUGGCAAAUCAACAGGUUUAGCAUUUGUUGAUUGUUCAGCUAGUGCUGAGACUAUUGGAGUGCUAAACCAGGUUGUAGAUUUUGGUUGUUGUGUGGUGCUGGCUAACAAGAAGCCUCUUACUGUGCCAAUGGAGGAUUAUGAUAAGUUGGUGUCACAGCCCCGUCGCCUUAGACAUGAGUCAACUGUUGGUGCUGGCCUUCCUGUCAUAGCAUCCUUAAAUCGCAUAAUUUCAUCAGGAGACCCUGUCUACCGUAUUAUUGGGAGUUUGAGUGGUACCCUGGGGUAUGUAAUGAGUGAGGUUGAGGAUGGAAAGCCAUUAAGCCAAGUCGUUAAUGCUGCUAAAAGCCUUGGUUACACUGAACCAGAUCCUCGGGAUGAUCUAGGUGGUAUGGAUGUAGCAAGAAAGGCUCUCAUUAUUGCUCGGCUCCUUGGACGGCGUUUAAACCUAGAUAAUAUGAAGAUUGAAAGCUUGUAUCCUGAAGAAAUGGGACCAGAUGUGAUGCCUCUGGAAGACUUUCUAGUGAAUGGCCUUCCCUUACUUGAUCAGAAAAUUGAAGAUAGGAUUAAACAAGCUUCUGCAAAUGGGAAUGUUCUGCGCUAUGUUUGCUUGAUUGACGAGGCGAGAUGUGAAGUUGGCAUCCAAGAAGUUCCAAAAGAUUCUGCAUUGGGAAGAUUAAGAGGAAGUGAUAAUGUGGUGGAAAUAUACAGCCGUUGUUACGAGAAACAACCUUUGGUUAUCCAAGGUGCUGGAGCAGGAAAUGAACCUUGCAACAUUUUGACUACUAGUACAUCUCAACAUUCAUCACAAGACAAUUGACUGAAUCCCGUGAAAACUUGCUCUAAGUACAUCAAAAGCAGCCAGGCCUCACGCCAUUUUGACUUGUACUAUACAACCUGACAGGACAAUCGCAAAAGAAAAUAUGUAAUCACUAGUACAUCUCGACAUACAACAUAUUCAAUGUAAUUUCACAAGUGAUAUUUUGGAAAGAUAGGAUAUACACAAACUAAAAUUAUAUAUAUAUAGAGAGAGUGUUUUUAGAGUUGCACCCUUGUGCUUGAUAAAAUACAGAAUCUUAUGUAUAAAAAAUUACAACAGGUCAUUUCUAUAUCAUUUAACAUCUAAUAAAGCAUCUUGUCUCAGUUGGUGAAA